AUGGAUUCAGAAAUCCUCAUUAUAGGCGCAGGCAUCUUCGGAGUCAGCACUGCCUACCAUUUGGCUCGCACCGCCCGCGACCCCUCACGCAUCACCCUCUUAGACAGAGGCUCACCCCCAUCUCCCCUCGCAGCCUCGACAGACGUCAACAAAAUUAUUCGCGCAGAUUAUUCGAACUCACUUUACAUGGAACUAGGCUUCGAAGCCAUCGAGGCUUGGAAAACACUCCCAUUUUUCCGCGAUGCAGGCAUCUACCACCAGAGUGGUUGGAUCGCGAUGAACGAAACUGGCAGUGAUGUGUCUGCGCGAGUGAGGAAGAACUUUCGAGAUAAUGGCAGGGAGGAUGUCACCUUCGACAUGACCGAAGAGGAAGUUCGUCGCAGCUGGAGUGGACUGCUCGGACAGACAGACUGUUCGCCGUUCGGGUCUUACUACUCCAACCCCUCUGCUGGAUGGGCCGAUGCAGGGCGGGCAUUGAAGAUUAUGGAGGACGAGGUGUCCAGGAUGGGAGUCAAUCGUAUAACUCUGAGUGAGGCCGCUCGACUUGUUCUUGGGGAGAAGGGCAUAAAGGGCGUCGAAUCACGGUCUGGGGUGCUCUACACGGCUGAUAAAGUUCUUUUAGCUACUGGUGCGUGGACGAGCCGGUUGAUGUCGUCUCUUGAAGACGAGUUGAGUAUCCCAGAUAUCGACCGAGUGGAAAACCAAGUCACCGCCGCAGGGGUUUGUGUCGCUCAUUUCGAGCUUGGGGAAUCCGAAGCUGCCUCGUAUCGACAGUUGCCGGUGUUUGUCUACGGUGGGCAAGGAGAGGUUAUACCACCGAAUGACUCGGGCGUGCUGAAAUUCACCUUUUCAACAUCGUUUCGAAACACGAUCAAAACCAGGACAGGCCACGAAAUUUCCGUUCCACCAGAUCAGAGCCAGAAUACAGCGCCGCAAGAGCUUCAAGAUGAAUGUAUAAAAUCGGUUCGCGCGCGUCUGCCACAGGUCCUCGAAGGUGGUCGCCAGGUGGAUUAUUAUCGACUUUGCUGGGAUUCUAUCUCGAGAAAUCAACAGCCGCUCAUCACUCGACACCCUGAUUCCAGACUUUCCAAUCUUUAUUUUGCUGUCGGCGGCUCGUUUCACUGUUGGAAGUUUCUCCCAACAAUCGGCAAAUAUGUGGUCAAUGUGCUGAAUCAUGUUAGCAAUGGAUUAGAAAAAGAUCAAGCCUGGUCGUGGAAGCCCCAGUCUUCCGGUGAACGUGGGGUUCAUGAAUCUCUGGUUCCUAAGAGAGAACUUCGAGACUUUGCGCAGUGA